ACUGAUUCAAACUGCAGCCGAGGCAGAAGGGAGAGAGCCGCUCCGAUCACACACAUUCACACGCUCAGGAGCAGAGGCAGAGAGAGGAACACACAGUCAGAGCGAGUGAGAGGUUGGGGAAUCCUUCAGUGGUUUUUCACUUGCAUCAACACAACCGUAGACCCCCCAGGAUCUAAAGAUGUGGACAGAAGUUGGGAAGCUUGUGCUAUUACAUUUGUUACUCAUGGAGCUCCAUUGCGCUAAAGGAACUACUACAGAGUUGGAGUGUGAAACUGGGCAGUUUCAGUGCAAGAACGGACGGUGCAUCCCGACCCUGUGGAGAUGUGAUGAUGAUGAUGAUUGCUCAGACAGCAGCGACGAGGAGAACUGCCCAAAGAAGACAUGUGCGACCACAGACUUUGCCUGUAAGAAUGGACAGUGCGUCCCUGCUAGGUGGCGCUGUGAUGGCGAACCGGAGUGUGCAGACGGUUCAGACGAGGCUGAUGCGAUCUGCAGCCGACAGACCUGUCCACCAGAGAAGUUUGAUUGCGGAGGGGCUGCCAGCAAAUGUGUUUCGUUGUCAUGGCGAUGCGACGGAGAGAGGGACUGUGAGAACGGGGCAGAUGAGGACCAGUGUGCUGCAGAUGCCAAGGCCUGCCCCUCCAAAGAUUUCCAGUGUCGUAAUGGGAAGUGCGUGGCACCAAUCUUUGUGUGUGAUGGAGACGACGACUGUGGGGAUGCCAGUGAUGAAGAGAAGUGCACGGCUCCCACUUGCGGCCAGCACGAGUUCCGCUGCAAUGACUCUGAGUGCAUCCCCGCCUUGUGGAGUUGCGACGGCGACCCGGACUGCAAGGACAAGUCAGACGAGUCCAUGGAGCGCUGCAGCCGAAGGACAGAGCCCCAGAAACCUCGCUGCCCAGUGGGCGAGUUCCAGUGUAGGAGUGGGGAGUGUGUCCACAUGAACUGGAAGUGUGAUGGAGACGCAGACUGCAAGGAUAAAUCGGAUGAAGCAAACUGUCCGCUGCUUACAUGUCGACCUGAUGAGUUCCAGUGUGGCGAUGGAUCCUGUAUCCACGGCACCAAACAGUGUAAUAAAGUGCACGACUGUCCAGACUACAGUGAUGAAGCUGGCUGUGUCAAUGUUACAAAGUGCGACGGGCCAAGAAAGUUCCGCUGUAAGAAUGGGGAGUGUAUUGACAGCAUCAAGGUGUGUGACAAUGUGAAAGACUGCAAGGACUGGUCUGAUGAACCCAUGAAGGAGUGUGGCCUGAAUGAGUGUGCAGACAACAAUGGCGGCUGCUCCCACAUCUGCAGGGACCGCAGAAUUGGCUAUGAGUGCGACUGUCCUUCUGGGUAUAAACUCCUGGACAAAAAGACUUGUGGAGACAUAGAUGAAUGUGAGAACCCAGAUGUCUGCAGUCAGAUCUGCAUCAACUACAAAGGAGAUUAUAAGUGCGAGUGCUACGAAGGCUACGAGAUGGACCCUGCCUCUAAGACCUGCAAGGCUGUGGGAAAGAGUCCGUACCUGAUGUUCACUAACCGUCACGAGAUCCGUCGCAUUGACCUGCUAAAGAGUGAAUACACUCAGGUGGUUCCCACGCUGAAGAACGCAGUGGCCUUGGAUGUAGACGUGUCCACCAACAAGAUGUUCUGGUGUGAUCUAUAUCAUCAAAAAAUAUACAGUGCUUACAUCAACAAGGCCAGUGACUCCUCACAGCAGGUGACCCUCAUCGAUUCGCUCCACUCCCCCGAGGGCCUGGCCGUUGACUGGGUCCACAAGAACAUCUACUGGACUGACUCUGGCAACAAGAGUAUCUCCGUUGCCACAGGAGAUGGCAGGAAGCGAAAAGUGCUGAUAUCCACUGAGCUGAGCGAGCCACGGGCCAUAGCAGUGGAUCCACACCAAGGGUUUAUGUACUGGUCAGACUGGGGAGGUCAGGCCAAAAUCGAGAAGGCUGGGAUGAACGGAGUGGACCGACAAGUUCUGGUGUCCGAACACAUCGAGUGGCCCAAUGGAAUAACCCUGGACUUGUCUAACAGGCGUCUGUACUGGGUGGACUCCAAGUUGCACCUGCUGUCCAGUGUGGAUCUGAAUGGGGACAACCGCAAAGUGCUUCUGUCCUCCCAUCACCAUCUGGGACACCCCUUCGCCCUCACUGUGUUCGAGGAUCACAUAUAUUGGACCGACUUGGAGGAUGAAACGAUAUACAGUGCCAACCGACUGACGGGACAUGAUGUGGCAAAGGUGGCAGAGCAUCUCAACAACCCCCUGGACCUGGUGGUGUUUCAUGAACAGAGGCAGCCUAAGGCCCCAGAUACCUGCAACAUGGGCAGUCUGCCUAACGGUGGCUGUGAAUACCUCUGUCUGAAGGCCCCCCAGAUCACAGAUCACUCUCCCAAGUACACGUGUGCUUGUGCUGAUGGCAUGGAGCUGGGACCAGACAUGAGGCGCUGUGCUAUAGUUCGACCCAGAGCAACCACAACAACAGCUGUGCCAACCACCUCCACCACCACUACAACUCCCACCACAACCACGACAACAAGCGCUACAACAACUAGCACAACUGUUACCAGCACCACGACUCCCCCUACCACAACCACAAGCUCCACUAGCACCUCUGCUGCUACGACACUCAGGCCCACAACCAGAGGGCUGACGACUGCUGCCCCGCCUCAGACCCCCAGGAUAACUUCUACUGAGCCGCCUCGGACCCCCGCGGCCACAAGUACAGAGGUGACCAGUUUCAGCAGGACCAGUCAGAAGUCCACAUCCACACACACGCCUCUACUGGGCCCAGUGGCCCCCAAUAGCAUUCAGAAAGAGAGCAAUGCCAACCUCUCCCACAGAGGUAAGAAUCAUGCUGCAAGUGAUCACUACCUCAUAGGUAACAACAUCACAGUAGCUGUUCUGGGGAUAGUCAUUCCUAUCGUCCCUAUCCUUGCCACAGUGGUCAUCGGAUUACUCUGCACCGGUGGAUACCUGGUUUGGCGCAACUGGCGACGCAAGAACACCAAGAGCAUGAACUUCGACAACCCCGUUUACCGCAAAACCACAGAGGACGACGACGAUGAAAUCCACAUCGGGCGACACAGCGAGUCCAUAGGCCACGUUUACCCGGCACGCGUGGCACUCAGUCUGGAGGAUGAUGGCUAUCCCUGAGGGGGGGAUGCAGCCUGCCCCCCUUCCCAAUUCCAUCCUGGCCCCUCCUCUCACCACAGCCUCUACACCACUACAAUGAGGCCAGUACAACGCAGAGGAGAAAGAGAACGGGGUCCUCAUUUUGCCUCCCCCUUUUGAGGAGCAGGGAUGACAUGUACUUCUUGUAAAUCCCCCUUCCUCUCCUACUUUCUUCACUGGGGUAACAUCACUACCACUACUAGCCACUACUACUUCCCUUAGUGCUAGUUUAUUAGUAGUCUCUGCUCCACUCCUCUCUUCUCUCUGCCUCUUGUUAGCUGUAGUGGUGUGUAAAAUGCUGCUUGAUGAUUUUGUUCAAACUAACCUCAUUUGGCCGUCUCCGUGCACACUGUAAAUAGAAUGCUGUCUGACCACCGUACAGGGGGAAAAAGCUGGCAUUAUUUUGAAUUCCUCAUAUGACGUUUUAUUUAUUUGUAUGUAUUUCCUGUUGUAAAUAUGUAAUCAGCAUGUCUCAGUGCUACAGAGUUACAGGCAGAUUUGUUGAAGUUUGCAAGGAUAUAGAGUUGUAGGCAAGGACGUUAUUUUCUUCAUAGUACCCUUUACAUCUUGAGUUGACAUUACAGAUUUUCUUCAAACAGGGGAAUGUCAUCCUUUUUCACACCCAGCCUCUCAGAAUCACCCCUGGACAUAUUGUAUGUAGGUAGGCAAAGCUAAAUAUAGCCAAGGGGAAAGGAGACAGAAAGAAAUGAUGGGGUUGUCUGCAUGUUUGGAGGUGAUUUCGGGGUAAAAGAGUUAGGAGUGUGCCACCAGAGGGUAGUGCCUCAAGGCAAAAAGCAACAGGGCAGAAAAGGCAAAGGAUUAUAGGUAAUCCUCUCUCCUGCUAUCAGAGGUGUGCGUACAGUCGAUAAUGAAUUUGGGAUUGUUUGCUCAUUUGCGGCGGGUGUUAGGGCUCACAUGUUCCUGAGUUUUUGUUUGUGUCUGCUGCAAUCAAUAUUUUAGAGGUAAAACUUCAUUUUUAGACAGUAGAGUGUCACAAAACACUUUUUGAGAUAUCAGUGAUGCUUUGAGGUACUGAGCUCUUUGACUUUCAACCCUAGCAUUGAGCAAAAUAUUUUUUUGGAAAUUCAGAAGACAGGACACUUGUCUGUAUGUAUGUUUACAUUUAAAUGCAUAGUUGUGCAUUCUGUAUUGGAAUCCUGUAUGGAUGAAGUAUAAGAAAAUGAAGUAUGAGAAAGCAAGCAGCGUACUGAUCUGUUGAUACAAAUAUAUUUUGCAGCAGUCCAUUUUUGCUGUAUUUUUGGCUCCAGUAGUCUAUAACACUACAUUAUUCUAGGUAUAGCUCCCACAACAUCACUUUUUCUUUCAUUUGACAUGGUUUCAUAACUUCCCAGUAAACAUCAAUCGCAGCAUUUUAGUGGAUUCACAGCACUGCUUUUAGUAUUUCUUAGCAUGAUAACUUCUCCUUCUUUAGUCCCCUAUCUUGGCUGUGUGUUUUCUGGAUGACAUGGUGUAUGUUUUGUUUUUUUGUUUUUCUUUAUUUACACAUAUAACAUAAAACAAUAAAAAGAAACAUAUCAUUUGCAAUAGAAAAAGACUCCACAUUUGAAAGGAAUCACUUUCCGCUGUCACUGACUCUUAAGUGUGGUUGUUAGCGGCCCUGUUUUGUAUGAGCAGAUAAGUAAUACGUCGAGGCUGACUGAGCCGAGCACUGAUUUGAUUUGAAAGCUGGAUAGAGAGGAAGCGUGUAAACCAGCGUAAAGAGCUGAUCUUUCAUUGGCUUGCCACAGACAUGCUUCCAGCCCAUUGAAUCAAAUGGAAUUCAUGCCCAGUGACUAUUGCAAUAAUUGCACAUGAUAUGUUGUAAUAGUAAAUUACUGCAGUCUGUUAUGACGAGUUAAUGAUCGCUGUUACGAGUUAUGGCAGAAUAACAACUUUCCUAUACUGGAUGUAAUUUAGUUUCAAUAUAGGGCAUCUUGAAGGUGUUAAGCACACAUAUAAUGCUUCAUAUAAAGUAUAGAGGUGUUUUACUUCGUCCGAAUUCUAGCUACGACACUGGUCUUCCAUCAUAAGAAUAACAAAUCAGAACAAUGUGGCAAUUCAGUUGAACUGAGCUAAAUGCUUUUUCAGAUGUUCAGUCUUUUUUAAUAACGAGCAAAAACAAGUAUAGAAUGCAAAGAUUAAAGUCUUCCAUUGUAGGCUAUAGACUCAGCAUAUGCAUUCAUCUUACUAUACAGACAGUAUGUGCAUACAAACAAACAGAUGAUUAAUGGUAGUUAUUAUUCAUGGUUCUCACUCUUUCCUGGAAAUGUUUGCCCAGUGUGAAUGCUCAGGAAAACAGACAAAGGCAAAGGUAGGCAGGAAAUGACUGCCAAGAUUUAGACUAAACUCUACGCAAACAGGUUUAUGCUUGGAAGAUGAACAGUGGGCCAUUUAUUUUGCUGGAUUUCUGCUGAUGUUGUGUCGCAGGAUUCUAACACUCAUUCUCGCUCACCUUCCUCAGAAGGAUGCCACUUUCUUCUCUCCGUUUAUGAUGCACAGUGGGGGAUUUCUAUGAACUGAAUGUGACAAGUGGCAUGCUAGACAGGGAAAUUAUAGUCCUCUCCAGGACUGCACUCCCCUACGUCUAUCUAAUGAAGCAGGAUUGAGCACAAAGGGGAGGCCAUCUCCCUUCAUCUUAACCUUGCACAGAUGAAGCCAAAUAAAAUGCAUUACACAGUGGAGAAGACUGUGACGCAGCUCAGCAUAUUCCCAGGUUAGUUAGUUGUUUUUUUGGCAGAAUAUAGGAUUGACAUGUAGAUGACCGUUUGAAUUGGCAUAGUUGCAUUUUGGUAUAAACUGUGGUUAUGUUGUAAUAUUUUCAGUUGGUAUGAUGGCCGUGGGAAUUGUUAAGAAUGCUCACAAUUUCAUAUGUUUUCAUAAAAAAAACUAAAUCUAAGUCCUAAAGGAAAGAUGAAGAUGAUGUAAGAUGCCAAGAAAGAUGAAACUGGUCAGAUAUCUUUGUGAAUUUAAGAUUAAAUAAAUCACAAACCCGAUGAUGGUUUGGACCCUGAGCUCACUCCACAUAGUUUCCUUCAUGUCCAUGUUUGCUGCAGGUGUAAUGGAGUUCCAUAUGGAGGGUUUGCAGUUAGGAGAAUAAAUUGCUUAUUCAUUGAGGUGACUGAGCGUGGCAUUGUAGAAACGUUAUUUAUUUAUUAUUGCUACAGUGUGAAGAGAGAUUGGCUGGUCGACUUUGUGGCCACCUUGAGAGCCGCCCCUGAAGAACACUAAACAGGUCCAGAAAGGGACUGAUAUCAUUCAUCAUCACAUAGUAGGUAAUAAUUGUAGUGGUAGUAGAGGACAUGCUUUGACAGUAUGCUGUCUGGACAUUCUUUAUUCAUAUUGUUAGGAAUACAUUUAGGGCCUAAUCAAUGCCCUAAUGGCAGCAUAGUCAGUCAGUCAGUCCAUAAACAAUAUGACAGUCAGAAGGAUCAAGUUGAGCACUCUGCCUCAUGCUGAAGAAUAAUGAAUUGUGCGUGUGCGUGUGCGUGCGUGUGUGUGUGUGUGUGUGUGUGUGUGUUUGUUUCUGUACAUAUGUUCAGUUGUUUAGUUAUUGUAGGACAAGUAUGAUGUGUAGGUACACUUGUUUCUCACUCCAGGUCCGUUUUUUGUUAAUUAUUAUUAACUUGAAGUCUUUUCAGUGUUAAGUCAGUAGUUGCUGCAGUGUUGCAUGUGCAACAUGAUAACUAGAACAAAGGUAUUUGGUAACACUCAACCACGCAUCUUUAAAUGCAGAAAAGUUCACUUGUACUAUAUUAAGUGGCAGUCUUAAAUUUCUGGUGCACCCAUGUUGAAGUUAAGGGGUGCAGUUGCACCAGCAGUUCGUAAAUUCCAACUUCUGUGGAGAUUGAUCACCAAAUUAAAACGAGGUGUGACCACACAAACGUGCAUCGAACUUGCAUAGAGAUUAUUUGUUACUAAAACCAUUUUUGUGACUUCUGUUUGAAUAGUUGAUUGUUUGUGCUUGGUCAACACAGCAGAUGUUUCUUAACAAUGACACAGUACUUAAAUCUUUACUAGCUGAGACCUUCCUCAUGUUUUAAUGGUGAAACCCAAUUUAACAAAUCACUAGUUUAAAUCUACAGUAGCUGGUUGUUGUUUAGAAGGACUUUACACACAACUGUGUGUAUGGAUCAAGGGUAUAACUUUGGUUGUGGGAGGAGACACAACACCAGGGGUCUGGGGGUCCUCCACUAGAAUUAUUUUUUUCCGAUUUGAAUCCCAUUUCCUGCAUUUCUAAAUUCAUUUAUAGGGACGAAGGUGAUACAAAAUCCAGGAAAUAAUUAGGUUGACCAUAAUGAUAAAUUAUGCAAGAAAGAAUAGUACUAAACGAUAAGAAAAAAUGUUUUACUUUCUUUAUUGCUUAAAAUAGGUGCCAAUCACAGAGACCUAUACAUCAAAAUAAUAUCAAAACAAAUUUGAGGGGGUGGGGGGGGGACACAAACAGGAUUAUGAAAAGUGGGAGGGACAUCCCAGUGGAAAUUACGCCCUAGUGAUGGAUUUAUAAACAGCUGGUGCAACACAAUCCGGGUUCUGAGAAUCCGAGAAUACAUACACCCCUGCUCAAUAAAAUUCCUAUGUUGUGUAGGCCUAUUCAUCUAUAGAUUGAACUCACACAUUCAUAAAGCAUUGGGAUGUUCCUCACAAACCCCUAAUGCAUAAUAGGCAGGUUACUAUCACACCUAAAUUAUGUCAAACCAUCCAUAACAAGGUUGUGUCUGGUUUAUUUUAUAGGAGCGAUGUUACAUUAUAAGCUCGUUGUAGCAAAUUCUAACAGCCGUGAUAACCCAUAAUCCAACAUAAUUUUAGUGUUCCUGAUUUGUGCUCCCUGUUUUUAAACUGUCCCGUCGCAUGUCCCUCUCUUCCUCUCUGCGCUCUUCUAAUUUUUUUUAUCCUAUCUUUUCUGAGCAGGGAAUCUGACCCAUGCCACUUUUAACCAGCUGCUCUGACUGCUUUCUAACAUCACUCACCUCUCUCCACCACUUUACUUCCUCAUGCACUGUAUCAAAAGUAAUGCCAGCUGUAAGGCUUCAAGUCUUUCCGUGGUUCCUAUACUACUGAGUUUUUGUUGAGCCUAGUCAGCAUUGCUGUCUCUGUGCACUCCCAUCUUCAUCUUAGCCAUCAACAUAUUUCCUUUGGCAAGGGCUGUCAGUCUUUGGGUCAACAGACACACACACACACACACACACACACACACACUGGAAGAAAUCACUGGAAGGGAAUAACCCGGAAUCCCCAAAAUAACAGGGAAAUGCCCAGAGCUGGGGGGAAAAAACCCUCCGGGUCAUGAACCAGCAAACAGACGUAAAGCACGCUCAGCCAGGAGAAGCAGCCCCCACCUCACCCCCCAGCUACAGGACUGUGGAAGGAGCCCUCAUUGACUGGACAUGACUGGCAAUUAGCUCUUGGUAACCCAGUGACUUUCCUUUACCAACUGUUUCCUCUUAUUAUCAUGUGUUUUUUGGACUAUUAGUCUGUAAGCUGUAGUUGUUGCUUUCUCUCUCUCCUUGCCAAACCAUUCUCAGUUUCAUAUUUGAGCUACUUGAUGUUUGAUUACUUGAAGGGCAGUGUUCAGUCACCUACAUUUUUCUACCAGUCAGUAUAAAAUGAAGGUUGGGGGAAGAAGACAGCAAUGGGGAAGUUGUAAAAUCUUGUGUGUAAAUCUUUUCAUGGGUUGGGAUGAUGCUAUACAAAGGCAACAAUUUGAUAUAAAACUAUUGUGACAGAUUUGGACAUUUUACUUCAACAGUGAUUGAGGUGGGAGAAAAUCACUGAAAAUAUAAGAAACUAUUGGCUCCAAUUUUUGCAAAACUGUCUACCUGUAUUUACUCAAAAUGUUGUCAUUGCCUGCAAGGAAAUCUCAAAAACCAUUUGGGGGUCUGUCCAUUCCACAGCCAUACGACAGGCAUUUUUUUACGCUGUGUGUUGCACAAAACUUUUCAAGAAGCCUUCUGCACUGUGUAAAGAGAUAACGUUCUUAGGAGGGGAGAAAGUAUAAGGGAGGGGGGUCCAAUGUUACAGUCCAAUGGUUUUGAAUCAUGACUUGUAAAUAACUUUUCAUACAGCAAAAACCUUUUGAUAAUGUUUAAAAUGUAUCUGUAAAAAAAAGUUGUACAUAAACCUCUGGGGUGAAAAGGAGUGUAGACUAUAUAUGAAUUUAUUUGUACACAAGAGCACUGGAUUUAUUUACUACUUGAUUGUAACUAAAAAUUAAUAAUCUGCCAAAGUGUUUUUAUUUUACUUUUUCUCCUGUCUGUUCCGUUUGUUUUUUGUUUGCUUUUUAACAGCAUUGCAGAUUUUUAGUGUUCAUACUGUAUUUAAUUCUGUUAAAUAGAUUUUGUUGUGUGUUUUAAAAAAAAAAAAGAGGGGUUAUCAUUUUAAUUUAUUGGUGCCUUGUUUUGUGCUCCUGUAUACUUUUACUCUUUCUGUUUUUCUGUGUUAUGUGUCUGCUGGGGGGUUUAACUGGUGGGUUGGUGAGGGGCAGGGUGGGGGGAGGUAAAAACUUAGCAACUUCUGUACUUACAUGGAAUAUCUGUACUUGUAUGCCAAAAUGGUCUCACUCACGUUUCUAUGAAAUCAAGCUGUUGAUAAAUAUCUCUAUAUAUUGAUAUAUUAAAUUUAUAAAAACUGUC